AGGAGGAGCCUCCAUUGAUGUGCUCACUGGACGGACACCACGUGUACCGGUAUCCCGUAGAGAUGUGCUCCUACAUUAUCUUCCUUUCGGCCGUGAUUGACCUUUUCAAGGGCAGCGUCGACCCACUUGCGGGAACGGAGCAGCAGUACGACGCAUUCAUGAAGGCGUCUAAGAGCGGCGACCUGAAGAAGCUGCUUUCGUUCCGCUACGAUGACGUCAACUCCAUGACCGCUGACGACAUCAGCACCGGCUUCGUCAAGGUGCGCUCGAAUGUGUUUCACGGAGUCGACUUUCGCUUCACGCAGAGCAACCCCACUUGGCUCAAGCUCCUCACGGACCUUCGAGUGCUCGCUGACCAGAACGGCUACCUUAUUCACGUAGUCUUCGACGAGCCUACGAGUGACCAGAUAAGCCAAGUUCACAUGGCCUCCCUCCGGGUGUACAAACCGCUUUCACAGGGUCCCUACAAGGCAUCUCCAAUUCAAGCCAAAAAGGAUAUUGUGGAAGCCGUGAGCAAAUACUCCAGAGAGCUCGUUACCGGCGGCAAAAAACUGGCAUCAAGCGCAUGGCACUGCAUCGGCUUGAGUCUGGCUGCCGUUGCCUUCCAAAGCAGCAGCGACCUCGACGACGACGCUGUGGGAGUGAAAAGGCUCAGCUACUGCGAGUUUGAUCGCAACAGCAGCGAGAGGGUUACUUGGGACCCAUCGUAUUUUACCAGAACGUACCAGAACGACCUGGUGGUUUUCGAGAAGGACAAAGAAUUCAGCGAAAAACUGAAGGAGGUCACCAAGCUCUCCAAGUCGUGCGUUCUCUUGGACGACGUGUUCUACGACUACCACAAGUGCCAGUGCGACAAGCCAAACUUCAAGCUUUUGCGAGCGGCACGUCGCGUCCUCUGGGGCGGUUCCACCAGGCUGUCCUGAAAACGAAGCCGGCAAAUCGGCGUUGGUCCU